AUGAGCUGGCUCGUAUCCAUCGGGCAGAGGGCUCGCGAGGCCGCCGGCGCCGUCGGCAACGUCGGCGGCGCCGCGCGCGCGGCGCUCUCGUCCGUGACGUCCUUCGCCGACGACCGCGCGAGGCGCCUCGGGCAGGCGGUGCGCGCGAGGGUGCUCCACGGGCGGCACGUGAUGAUGGACGACGCCGUGGCGCGUCUCGAGCGCGCCGUCGCCGAGUGCGAACCCGCGCAGAGACCCGCCAUGCUCAGGAGGUGGCUCACUGCCAUCCGGGCGAUGUCCGAGCCGACGAGCGAGCCGACGACGACGACGACGACGACGACGAACGACGCGCCGGCCGACGAGGCAUCAGGCGUGGACGAGACGAAAUGCGACAAAAACGAGACUCGCGACGGCGACGACGACGAAGCCGUCGCCGCGGCCGGCGGCGACGCGGAUAAGUGGGCGUCGCUCGAGGUGGCCGCGGGCGAACGCGCGGACGCCGCUCGCGCCGGCGCCGAGCAGGACUCCGCCGCCGCCGGGUUGGCGCGCGGGGCGCCCUCCCCCGUGGACGCGUUCGGCUUGCUCCCGUCGGACGGCGCAGCCGUGACGUUUCGCGACGAGGGCGGUGACUCACCGGGUGCCUCCUUCGAGGGUGCCGUCGAGGGUGCCGUGCUCACGUUUCGCGACGUCGUGUUGAAGUCCGGGGCGCUCGAGGCGCUCGUGCUGUCGUAUGUCGACGCGCCGUCGAGCGGCGACGUGGAGACGAGCCUCCUCGUCGAGCUCCUUCGCGACGCGCUCAUGUUCGACGUCCGGGGCGUCCAGGGCGAGGGUGCCGUCGAGGGUGCCGAGGGUGCCGUCGGAGUCGCGGCGUCGUCGUUGGUGGCGUCGCUCGCCGCCGCGACGGACGCCAUCAGGUCGCAGGGCGACGCGGAGGUUCAGCUCGGCGCCGCAGAGCUCCGAGCCGUGUUAGCCGCGGCGAUUAAAUCGGCGAAGAAGAUUGGCGGCGUCGAGGCGCUCGCCAACCGCGAACGGAGGCUACGACGCGAGCUCGCGUCCAUCGCGAGGGCGGCGAGGGGCGGUGCGCUGGGCGCGGGGGGCGCGGACCUCGCCGCCGCGCUGGCGGACCUCGCGGCUGGCCAGGACGAAGAAGACGAGAGGAGGAGCGGGCGGAGCUCUUCGAAGGAUCGCGGCUCGCGCGAAGAAGAAUCUCCAGAAGUAAUGGAGCGUCAGCGGGAACGAUCCGAACGAUCCGAGGGUGGCGGUUUCGCCGCGCCCGAGCUCGCCGCGGCGACGCGUCGCGCGGUGGACGUCGCGCGAACGGCGCACGAGUCCGCGCACGCGCGCCGCGUCCGACUCGACGCGGAGCUCUCCGGGUCCGUCUCCGGGUCGGGCUCCGGCUCGGGACCCGGUCGAUCGAACGCAACCGCCGAGGCGCUCGGGACGCUCCGAGCCGCGGCGGAGACGCUGACGCGCGCGGGCGCCGACGCCGACGCCCUGCGCCUCGAGUCGCGCGCGCAGUUACUCGACGCGCAAUCGUUUCGCGACAGGAAAUCCUCCGAGCUCGCCGCCGCCGAGGAAGCGGUAAAAACAGAAUCCGAUCGCCUAGCCACGCGCGUCGCCGAGCUCAGAGACGAACUCGCGCGGACGGAGCGAAAGGCGACGGACGCCGCGGCUCGCGCCAAACUCGCCGCGGAGGAGCGUUUGGAGUUUGAGGAGGCGCACGGCGCGGUUCGCGACGCGUUACAGUCAAAGGUGAGCGAACUGGACCGACGCGUGCGCGAGUACGCAGCGGAAUCUUUGGCCGUUGAAGCCGUCGCCGUGUGCGUCGGCGCCGUCGCCGAGCACCGAAAAAACGCUUUAAAAACGCUCGCGUCCGACGCGAAGAUCGACGAGGCGCGCGCCCGGGGGGCGUACGUCGCGUCAGUCGCGGCGCACGCGCGCGGGCAGGCGGGGGCGGCGCGGCUGUGCCUGGACAGGUUGAGGUUUUGCGCCGACGAGUUGAGCGAGCGUCGGGAGAAGCGUACCGCGGCGAACGCGCUCGGUUUGGGCGCGGACGUGGACGAAGACCUCGCCGCGGGGUGCGCCGCGAUCGAACGGAAGUACCUCGAGGCGGAGGAGGGCAUGAACGCGGUGCUCGCCGCGGGCGCGGCGCUGCGAUGGGAAGCUGAGCGAAUCGCGCCAGAGGCUUUCGUUCGUUCGGGCGAACCGGGUACUGGUACGGACGGUGUUGGUACGGACGGUGCGGACGGUACGGACGGUUCGGGCGUCGCGGGUUCGAAUCGCCUCCGGGGCGCGCUUCUCGACGUCUUCGCCGAGGCUUCGAACGCUCGCGACGCGUUUACGAAGUUGACGCGACCGAAGCUUUUUUUCAACGAGGGCGCCGUCGGUGAUGCGAUGGCUGCGGCUGCGGCGGAGGCGGGCGUCGACGCGUCCUUCGGGGGUAUCGCGCCGGCCGUGCCUGUGAGCCCGCCGAGAACGUCCGGAGCCGCGGCGGCGGUGGACGAGGACGAGGAGAAGGACGAGGAGAAGAAGGAGGAGAAGGAGAAGAAGGAAGAGGUGGAGGAGAAGGAAGAGGUGGAGGAAGAGGUGGAGAAGAAGGAAGAGGUGGAGGAAGAGGUGGAGGAGAAGGAAGAGGAGGACGCUGAGACGAACGUUGACGAGGACGCCGAGACGAACGUUGACGUCGCCGCGGAGGCGAUCAUUGACGACGCCGCGGAGGCGAAUGCCGAUGACGACGCUGAGGCGAAUGUCGACGGGCCGGGCGCGCCGCCGCCGACCGCCCCGGAGCCCCCGGACUCGUCCCCCGGGUCCCCCCUCGCGCCGACGACCGCGCCAACUCCCGCCGCCGACGACGCGGACGGAUGGCUCAGCGACGUCAGCGAGGCCAAGGACGACGCCGCCGACGCCGCGGCUUGGGCGGAUACCUCCGUCGAUCAAAUCCGAGAAGAGUCGAGUGAGUCGCCGGGGGAUAAUAUCGGAUGAGACGACGAGGAAACCCCGCACUUCCGCGGCGAGGGAGUCAGGGAGACAGACGCACGCGCGCGGUCGUCGUCGUACCGCACUCGUGUAGAGAGACGGACGAAUGAAUACAGUCAGAGACGAACCCGUCGGAGAAGAUAGUCCACCUAAAAAAACAGAUGCGAUUCAAACA